CCAUCCGAACUCUGUUGGCCACACUCCCUAACUGCACUGACCAGUGUUUCCGGCAAAACUGUAUUCAUGGGACACUUCUCCAGGCAAAAUCCCUGUUUGGUGACCAGAGCUGUAUAUAUUGAUAUUCUCUUCCUGUUGACUUGCUGCUUUGACAAACCCAGAGAGGGCAACCAGCCAGUUCUGGAGAGUCUUGGCUUCUGGGAGGAAGUCAGAGGGAUCAUCUCAGGAUCAGAGCUUAUCACGGGGUUCCCCGGUACCUUCAAGGUGCCAGGCUUGCCCCAGUACCUUCAGAGCCUCACCAAACUAGCUAUCACUGCAGUGUGGGCAGUGGUGGCCAAGGCUGGAGACCAGACAAGGGCUGUCCCUAUCUCCUUCACUCGGCUGUUAGAGUCUUCCUUCCCUGAAGUACGCUUGCUGAUGCUGGAAGCCCUGUUGGAAAAGUUCUCAUCAGCAACCUGUGGAUUAGGAGAGAAGGGACUGGCACCCUUGCUCUGCAAUAUGGGAGAGAAGUUCUUGCUGAUGGCAAUGAAGGAAGAUCACCCAGAAUGCUUCUGCAAGAUACUGAAAAUUCUCCAUUUCAUGGGCCCGAGAGAAUGGCUUUCCCAGACGGAGCACUGUGUUCAUCUAACCCCAAAGGAAUUCUUGAUCUGGACAUUGGAUAUUGCUUCCAAUGAAAGAUCUGAAAUUCAGAGUGUAGCUCUGAAACUUGCCUCCAAAGUGAUUGCCCACCACAUACAGACACAUGAGGAGAACAAGGACUUGAUAGCCCCUGAACUGAAGCAGUGGGUUCAGCUAGUGGUCUUGUCCUGUGGAGACCAUCUUCCCACAGAGUCUAGGCUGGCCGCUGCCGAAGUCCUUACCAGCACCACACCAUUUUUCCUCACCAACCCUCAUCCAAUUCUUGAGUUGCAGGAUACACUUGCUCUCUGGAGGUGUGUCCUCACCCUCCUGCAGAGUGAGGAGCAAGCCGUCAGAGAUGCAGCCACAGAAACUGUGACGACAGCCAUGUCCCAAGAAAAUACCUGCCAGUCAACAG